AAACACGGCGGAAACAGACUAACACACCUUUAUAAUCACUCCUAUUUCCUUUGCAUUUGGAAGCACUACGGUACCGUAUUCUACAGAUGUGUUCUUGGAGUAAGUUCACUGUUCGAAAAUGAGGAAACUUGAAGGCUGCAGUUUAAUAACUUUCUAUAUUUUGCUGGUAACUGGCAAAUUAUCCGCAGAAUUUGUGUACCCAAAUGUUUUCAACGACACCAAACGGGAUUCGGUCCUUUUUGGGCAGUUUCCCGAGGAUUUUAUGUGGGGUGUUGCGUCGUCUGCGUAUCAGGUUGAAGGUGCUUGGAAUGAAGGUGGUAGAGGUGAGAGCAUUUGGGACAGUUUCACUCACAACAGUGAUGAAAUAUAUCGUCAUGACAACGGUGAUAUUGCAUGUGAUAGUUACCACAAUGUUGACAGGGAUAUAAGAAUGCUUAAGGAGAUGGGACUUACUCACUAUCGAUUGUCAAUUUCAUGGAGCCGGUUGAUACCCGAUGGUAGAUCAAUCAACAAAAUAAGCAUUCCAGGUAUAAAUUACUAUAAUUAUUUAAUUGACAAUUUGGUUGAAGCCAAUAUUAUACCGAUAGUCACAUUGUAUAACUGGGACCUGCCACAGGCACUGGAGAAGGAAGGGGGAUGGAUCAACAAUGCAACAUUAUCUGCUUUUCUGACCUAUGCUGUUGUCUGCUUUCAAAAUUUCGCCGACCGAGUGCCAUACUGGAUCACCUUUAACGAACCUUACAUGUUCUGCGUCCAUGGCUAUGGGAACGGUAGCCUAGCACCUGGUACUGGUGAUCCCGGGUCUGGGCCAUACCAAUGUGCUAAUAAUGUGAUACGCGCACAUGCACUAGCGUAUCACACAUACGAUGACCAUUUCCGACGACGUUUUAACGGGAAAGUGGGACUUAACUUGAAUUUUGAUUGGUACGAACCAAAAAAUGUUCUUAAUAUCUCUGACGUAACGGCAGCGGAAACCGCUCGCCAGUUUCUUCUUGGCUGGUUUGCACAUCCAAUAUUUCUUAAUGGGGAUUACCCUGACGUCAUGAAGACGCUUAUUCGCGAACAGAGUCUUCAGCAAGGGUACAACAUCUCAAGACUCCCAGAGUUUACUACAGAGCAGAAGGACAGAAUUAUUAAAACAAGUGACUUCUUUGGAAUAAGUCAUUACACUACAAAACUUGCAUCGGUCCUGAUGCAUCCAGAUGAUGAUAUUGUAACUCCUUCAUGGUCGCAUGAUGCCAAUCUCCAAGAAUCAGUCAAUGCUUCCUGGCCGAAAACGAACUCUUUGUCUAACAGAGUCGUCCCUUGGGGAAUUCGUAAGGCAUUGCAAUGGAUCAAAAAGGAAUACAACAAUCCAGCCAUCCUGAUCACAGGGAAUGGUGUUGACACUUCUGGAGCCAUUGAUGACCAAGAUAGAGUAAACUAUAUCAAAGCAUACACCAACGAGGUUCUUAAAGCAAUUGAAGACGAUGGUGUAAACGUUGUUGGUUAUACUGUAUGGUCUUUGAUGGACAGUUUUGAGUGGGACUUCGGAUACAGCCUCAAAUAUGGUCUCUACCGUGUCGACUUCAGUAGUGAUGAUCGCGCACGAACUCCUAGGUCGUCUGCACAGUUUUAUGCGCAACUUGUUGAGGAAAACGGGUUUAAGAGUAGUGCGUGUUUGAUCACAAGCAGCAAGAAAUUAACGUUAUUAAUCAUCACAAGUAUAUAUCUAUAUCAUGUACUGAUAGAUCCAUAACUGGAAAUACAAGGUGUAAAUGUAACUGCUUUAAGAUGCUGUUUGGGUUUAAUGAAUCCUUCCGCUAAGCCCCCGUCCGUUGGAUAUUACUGCUAAGGUCCCACUUGAAACAACAGCAUAAAUGUAUGUAAACAUGUGCGUUCGUUGGACAACACAUGUAUUUGUAGAGCUGUGUUCUGAUUGGUCAGUUGUUGAGUUUGAUUGACACUCUGAAAGGUUAUUUCAGUUGGUCAUGAAGUUAUACAAGGCAGUAUUCAUCUUAUCGACCCUCCAAAUAAAAACAUCCUGUUCACUCCAUUUCUGUGAUUGGAUGAAAUGUAGCAUGACAUGUCAAUUGACAGCUACAAGUAUUAAAUCUUCCCAUGAUGAUGCUGGUGAUGAUGAUGCUAAUAAUAAUAAUAAUGAUGAUUUUAUUGAUUAUAGGGAUGAUUAUGACAAGCAAUGAAAUAAAAUUAUAUAUUCUAAGACUUAAGCGCACAAACAGAUUGAAUGUAUAUACUGUACUGUAUAAGCCAGGCAAUUCAAAGGUACAUUUAGUUCCAUAUGCCAACUUAUCAACAAAUUAAUAGUUUGGUUUCCUUGCAUUUUGAGUGAACAAGGAAACUUUACAUCAGCCAACCAUGUACUGGGUGUGUGGCAUGUAGAAAUUCGCAAUCACAAAUAAAAGCCUAUCAUGUAUGGAGAUGAGUUCCUUCAGUUGAAUCAAAGAUACUAGAAAACAAAAAAAGCAUUCUCCACAGAAAAUAAACCUUAUCACCGAAACUCAUGGUGGGAAUACAAAAAAUGGUGCACUGUGUACAUCUGGAUCUGGUCUGGACAUAAAUUGGAAAGAGAAACGUGCCGUGUAGUCUGCAUCUGCAUAAAAGAUAUGCUCUAAGAUCUGCUGUAAUUUUGCUUGUGAGAGUUCUAUCUUGUGUGUUUCUAGUAUCUUUGGUUGAAUUGCCAUUGUAUUGCCUGAUGUCUUGUUUUUAGUGUAGAGCUGCUUCCCCAUUAUCUUGGCAUCCCACAUGCAAUGUAUAUAUAUGUAGUAUUAAAUAAUCUCUGUAUUUAAGUAGACAAGUAAAAAAAAACAAAAAACCAAAGGAUAAGAGAAUACAAGACAAGAUUUUAUUUGGGGACUGCCAAUGUUUACAAAACAGGUUUUGUUUAUAAAAUUAAAUAAUAAAUAUAUCAUUUAAUAUUAUGUAAAUCAUUUUUGAAAUUAAAAUAACUUCAACAUAACACAUCUUAUUAUUUUAAUUUUCUCAAUUCAUACCAUAUUCAGUUAAUAGUAAAAUAGUGAUAUUAAGUGCAACUAAUAUAUUUAAUAAUAUUUUCAUGCAGUGGGACUACUAUAAUGUUUUGUGGUUUAUUAAUUUUGUUCUCUACAUUUAUUUCUUUUUCUUAAAAGACAUGCCAUUCAAUUAUAUGUUGAAAAGAAAAUUUUCCAAGAGCAUUUCCGAAAAUAAAAUUUGGCACCAGAAUCAAGGUUAUUAAAGUACUACUGGGGAGUAAUAAAUAUGAUUUAAAUCUUCAAAAACCUCAAACCAAAUUUAAAAGAA